CUUCAUUGCCAAACAAUUUUAGUUUGCGGAAGCUGCUAGAAAUUUUUCUCAAGUAGACUUAGAUCUAGAUCUAGAUCUAGCUAGAACUACACCUGUCAUAGAGUCAGACUAUUCUGAAUACUAACGUGAUAUCGUGUGACCAUAAACUCAACAGAAUAUCAGUAGGUAAAAAUUGUAUGCUAUAACUACUGCAGCCAUGGUGAAGAUACACAUCAAACGAGGUGACGAAAGCCAAUUCUUGUAUGAGGCAACACUAGACACGCCUAUGGCUGAUAUCCUGAAAGACUGUGCCAUAAUAUUCAAUGGAAGGCUCAAAGUUGACAGAAUUUGUGGUGAAAUGGAGGAGCUGGCCAAGCAUGGAGUGUCCCUCCCACCCAACAUGCAGGGUCUGACAGAUGAACAGAUAGAAGAACUAAAGCUCAAGGACGAGUGGGGGGAGAAAUGCCAGCCCAGUGGAGGGGUCAAGGUCAACAAAGAUAAAAUUGGUUGUCGUAACGGACAAGCUCCUACCCCUAAGAUGGCGGAAGUCUUAACAAAAACAAUUAAAGAAGCCAAAGAUAUGAUCUCAAAGAAAAAAGUCGAGGCUGACGUCUUGGUGACACAGAAAACCAUCCAAGACGCGCUGGACAUUUUACGCGGAGCUGUCAUGAUCGUUUACCCCAUGGGUCUCCCACCGUAUGAACCAAUCAAAUGCGAGUUUGAAAACACAGAGGAUCUAUCAGGGAAGCAGGCCAGCCUAGAGGUCAUUGACAUCGACCAGGCAUCGCUGUGGUGGGCGGGUAAGGAGCUGCUCUCACACAAGAAACUUGGUGACUUUGUCGGCAAGAAUGAAAAAACAAAAAUUGUCGCCAAGAUUCAGAAGAAAGGUCACGGUGCCCCAGCCAGAGAGCCAGUGGUGAGUGCAGAAGAACAGAAGCAUAUGAUGGCCUACUACUACAAGAAACAGGAGGAGAUGAAGAAACUGGAACAAGCAGACGAUGACUCAUACCUUGACGCAACCUGGGCAGACAAGAAUGAACUCAAGCGCCAGUUCCAAGGGUUGAAGGAUAUCAAGUGGGGACCCAGAUAGUGUUGCCUGCUUCACUUCUCUGUACAUUUUACAUACCAUUUUACAUUCACAUCACAACCCAGCCCGAGUGAAUGAUAAUAUCAGCAUCAUCACACCACCAUGCAUGAAUGGGAACAUCAACAUCAUCACAUCACCAUGAAUGAAUGGGAACAUCAGCAUUAUCACACCACCAUGCAUGAAUGGGAACAUCAACAUCAUCACACCACCAUGUAUGAAUGGGAACAGCAUCACGAUGUAUGAAUGUUUGACUACAAUAAUUUUGAAAUGUCUUCAAUUUCGGCUUGUUUGUAUUCAAAUAAAGUUCAACAAGUGUUCAUUUGAUAUUUUAGUAGGUCUAUUGUGCUACAGUUUACAUUUAAAAAAAUAUUUUAUUCAUGCUCCUUGAUUUUGAGUCUAAACUUAUUUAUUUAAGGUCUGAAGUAUGUCUGUUUUAGAAUAAAGGUUUUAUUAUUUCUUACUCAUUGCAAACCAAAUGUAUUUGAACUAAAUUGCUGUGUGUACAUUAUACAGCAGCAUUACUGCCACAGUUCAAUUUUUAAACUGCUGAAUAAAGAUUUGCAUUUGUUUUUA